UGAAAGCGCACAUUGAAGCGUCUAGAUACCAUGAUCAGAUUCGACUGUUAAGAUGCCAGAUCAAGGAGCAUUUAGACAAGUAGAUGAGAAGCAUGUGGCAGUGGAAGUAGAGUUGAUGGUUUGGUCACCAAAAUUUGAUCUUGUUGCUCUGUCCAAUGUACAGGGAGAGGUUGUGUUGCACCGGUUGUCAUGGCAGAAGGUGUGGUCCUUGCCACCUCAUAGUGAAGAAGUUAAAGUGAAGGCAAUGUCUUGGAGACCAGACGGAAAAGUGCUUGCUGUAGGCUACACAUCAGGUCAGGUGAACCUUUGUUACAUAGAGAAUGCAGAGGUUCUUCACACAAUCCAGUUGGAGAAAGAGAUCACAUGUUUGUCAUGGGUGUGUCAAGUACUCCCUGGGGGCGGGACUUGGUCAUGUGACCCAUAUGCAGAGGAUAAUACAGAGCUAUAUCUGCCAAAGCUGCAACCACUGACCAAAAGUUAUGGAAGUUUAUCUAAAGGGAAUGUAGAAGAAAAUGUGGAAGAUAAAAAGAAAUUGAAGGGACAGAAGGAGCUGAAUAUACUUAUUAUUGGCAGCAAAUCACAUGAGCUACAGCUGUAUAUAUAUGGUGUUUUUCCUGUUGCAAAAAUCUCAAUCAGAGAUAUCUCAGGAUCAGAGAGAGUGGAGAUGGUGUCGGCUAUGUUAUCGGAGGAUCUGAACAGUUUAGCUCUGGUGUUACAGCAGGAACAUGAAGAGGAUAUGGAAUACACCCUUCAUACAUUUGACACAAGCUUAUUAGCAUCUCAUGAUAAAGAGCUGCAUCUCCUAGCACUGAAAUAUGGACAGAUAGCAACAUUGAUACAGGCAUCUGGUGCAGGCACAGUUAGUAAUGACUUCCUAGAAUUACUGUUGUUUGGUACUCCCAGCUCAGAGCUACAGACAUUUCUGUCUCAUGAACUGACUGAUAAGGGUUUAAAGAAGUUGGGCCACUCUAUUGAAACAUCAUACUCCAACAUCCAGAAACUUGUUGUGAAACAUUUACAAACUGUAAGCCAGGCCAUUGUGUAUCAUUUGAGUGAAUUGAAAGGAAUGUCGAAAUGUUAUGAGAAGUUUGGGGUUCUUGGUGUGGACGAAAAAACGAUCCAUAAGGCAUUAAUGGCCUCUGGAUCAUUCGUACUUAAAACUAGUGAACUUCAACAGGUAAUUGAUGGCAGUAUUAAGAAUUUUAAAGCUUUCUUCAGAUGGCUGUAUGUAGUUAUUUUGAGAUUAUCUGAUGAAAAACCACCACCUGAACUUAGUAAGAUGACCCAGCAUGACGUUAAUUUUGUAGCAGAUUUCCUGACAGAUAAUUUUGCCCAAUUUACUCCUAGGGAAGAGGAAGAGUCUAUAGAAGACCUUAGAGCUGUCUCACCCACAGAUAAAAAACCAGGCUUCAAACUGGAAAAAGUAGGCCAGUAUUUAAAGAAAGAGAACCUUAGUUACCCUGCUGAUAUAUCUAAUAACCCAUGGAUACAGUUUUGCAGAGCAAAUUACAGUCUUAAAGACAGUAAGAUUCUGUACCCAGUUGAGACAAAUAAAUCCUUGAUACAGCUUCAGGAAGCUUUGGAACAUGAUAUAUACCACACCCUACAUAAACCUGCUGUGACGGUAGGACAGACCCUGCAAAGUGUAUCAACAAUGUUUCUGUUUUCAGCACAGGCAAAGGAUGAGAAUGGAAAACAUUUUAUUCAAAGAACUGCACAAUUCACAGCAGGACAGCCCUCGCUGUUGUAUACAGCAUUUACAGCAGAAUUCCUCCCUUGUGAUAAACUUUAUAUACUUACACAGCCUACAAACAGUUACAGUGUUUCAGAAAAUAUGAGGAUUACGUCAGUCAAGUUCUCCUGUCUCACAAGACCUGACCCAAAUAGCAGCAGUACCAGCACGGAUUCCACACAGUCAAGCAGCGGGAGUCUAAGUGUGUUAGAUAUAGCCUGUUACGAUGAUAAACAUUUGUCAGUGCUGUUAGCUGAAGACACAGAUGAUCGUACUCCUGUGCUGAUGCAGUUACCCCUUGACUUGAUAACGGAAGAGAAUUUCAUAACUGUGUCGGGAACUGCAGGAGUAAAUACUCGCUCGGAUAUACCUGUUUUAGAGGUUACAGGACAGACAGAGAAUCUUCAGUACCGUUGGUUACAGAAUAUGAAAGCCCAUUCUUUUGCUGUCAGUGGAACAAGACAUACUGCCACUGUUUUAUUUUCAUCACGUCGAAGAGUUAGAAUUUUUCUCAUGGAUGCCGAGGAAGAUGAAGAUGAUGAGGAUGAAGUAGAUGGUGCUGACAUCACUUCUCAAAGUGAAAUUGACCAAUCAGCUGCAAGUAAUAAUGACAUUAGCCAAUCAGCUUGCAGCUCUCAGGAUACUAGCCAGUCAGGAGUUAGUAUGCAAAUAGAAGAUAGUGUAAUGGAUGGAGAUGAUGGACAAGAAGACAAAGAGAACAGUAGUGGUCUAAUAGACAGUGGUGAACAGUCUGGUUCUUAGCGUGGUUGAAUCUCAAUACAUUAAGCUUGUUACACUAUAACAAUUGAUUGUGCUAUUAAAAGACUUAAAAAUAA